UUACUUUACUUUGCUUGUCCGUAAGUGCUAGAUGAGCAUUUGGAGGUUAAGGAUCACUCAAUCGUAUUCGUUAUGAAGGGACUUCUAUAUUUAUUCUUUAUUAUCGCUAAUUUAUGCGAGCAGUAUGUAAUAGCAGAACAUGAAGAAGAUGUAUCUACGGAUCUAUAUGUAAUUGAAGGCAAAGUAUUUCCCUGGGACAAUGCAGCUUCUACUGGAUGGCAACUCAUGACACACGUAAUGGCCAACGGUGGUGAACAUUAUGGUUUUUUAAGGGAAGAUGGUACAUUUAUAAUUUCUAACGUUCCAUCUGGAUCGUAUAUGAUUGAAGUAGUAAAUCCAAAUUAUGUUUACGAGCCAGUGAGAGUGGAAAUCAACUCUAAGGGAAAAUUCCGAGCUCGAAAAGUGAAUUUGAUACAAACAUCGCAAGUGAUUCAAGUACCGUAUCCAUUAAAAAUGAGGCCAUUAGCACCAUUUCGAUACUUUCAAGUUAGGGAGCAAUGGAGGAUGACAGACUUCUUACUCAAUCCUAUGGUUUUAAUGAUGGUUUUGCCACUUGUAUUAAUCAUGAUUCUGCCAAAAAUUAUGAACGAUCCUGAAACUAGAAAGGAAAUGGAACAGCUAAAUAAUCUUACUAUUUAUAAUAUGCCAGAAAUGUCAGAAGUAAUAACGUCUUUUCUUUCUGGAGGAGAAAAACAAAAACCAAAGGCUGUAAAAGCUACUAAGAAAAGACAAUAAUUUAUUAUCUAUAGAGAAUUGUAUGUAUAGGUUUAUUAUAGUUCUUAAAAUAUACAUAGAAAUAUAUCAAAAACAAAGCAUUUUAAAAAUAAUAACUGCUUACAUCAAAUGUAAAAGAUUACACACACACAUAAUAGCUAAUAUACCAAAUUUGUAAACUCUUGUACAUCUGUUCUACAUCUAGAUGGAAAAAAAUCACUGCAGCAAUUUUUUAACUUAUUCUGUUAUAUAGUCACAUGCAUAUAUUACACGUUUGGUAAAGCAGUAAAAAACUUUAUAUGAAUAUAAAAGAAAAGAAAACUGUGUAUUAUAUAAUUACAAUCACUACGAUAUACAUUGAAUUAUUGUGUCAUAAAAAACACAAUUUUA